AUGCAGCCUACAGGCACCGUCCAGCCGUCGGUGAUGGAGCAGUCGUGGAGGCAAUACGUCUCUGCGCACGGCCUGGAGCCUGCGGUGGUUGGCAGCGACGAAUCGGAGCAGAUCCGAUACGCUGCCAUUCAGGAGCGCCUUGCUCAGGCUGAAGAGCAGCGGAAGGAGGAUGAGGACGCCCUUCUUCGGCACCACAGAUUGCUGUCACGAUGGCAGAGCGGCGGCAAGGGAGCCGACAUUGGGUCAUAUAUGCCCAGGCUCCGACGCAUCGCCAGGGCCGCCGAGGGCAUCGAGACGAGCCGAGACUUGCGACAGGAGGCCGCGCAGCGACACGAGUCGUUGCAGGAGUACUGUGAGCGGGAGUGGCCCCGGUUUUACCGCAAGACCAGGGUCCGCAUCGGCCACGGCCUCGAGUCGGUCGAAGCAGUCGUCUCCACGUCACAGUACAAUGCGGCGUACUAUGGCAGCCACCAAGGAGGGGACUACAUCUUCCGCCAUGUGCCCGAGGUGCUAGAGGAUGACGGGCAGGCGAUAUCCUGGUCCAGUGAUCUUGCAAAGGUGCGCUUCGCAGCCGCCAUCGGUGAGAACGAAGCCGAUGUGGAACGGUCCUUUGUGUACUGCGGCCAGGUGCCUCGACCCUUGCGCGAGUACCUCAAGCGCCUGCACGUGGUGGUCCUGGAGGUGAUGCAGAUUCUGAGCGGCAUCUCCAGCGUGUUUUCAGAGAUCUCAGACGACGCCUCCAUGGCUCCGACGAUGGUCUUCCGGCCCGACAGGCAACUCUCUGGCCCAAUGCUCGCCGACUUUUGCUCAUCGUGGAGCCACGCGCUUCACACGGCCAACCCAGUCACUGUUGAGUGGGCCAGGACCAAGCUCCGCGACGGUCCGAGAGUCCUCGAGUUUGCGCAGCUCCUGCACAGGAUACGUACCGCCGGGCUGCCCGAGGCUACAGGCUCCAUGUGGCCAUUGAUUGUGACUCUGGAAAAGGCCACCGGCCGGACCUUCUUCGAGAUGAUCGACGCGGCGGAUCUCGAAGCGGCGCGCAAAGCAAAGAGGCUGCUCCUGCACGAGAAGAGGUUUGAGCAUAUGUUCCUGUAUCAGACUCGUGAGGAUGAAAACACAAUGGAUAUCCACAAGUUUUACACUGACGACGUCUACCGCGACGCCCCCAACCACCCCGACCGCGUCUACACUCGCCUAGACGUCCGCGAAGCCUUGGAGGUUGCUGAAGGUCUCUGCCACGACAUUGAGCUCGACGACAGAGUCGCGGACCUGACAGAGUCAGACGCCUCCGACCCCGAAGACACGGAGCAGGCCCUCUCCGACUCUGAGCCGUUCGACGUCGGUCUCGAUAGACUGCUGCAUCCUCGGCGGAAAGAGUCCUCCGUGCACGUUGAGGAUCACCGCGAACGCCGCCCUUCGAAGCGAAGACGCGAGAAAACUCUCUCACGCGAGACUCCCGUAUCGAAGAAGAAGCGGAAACGGCGCGAAACGCGGUCGCCGCCAGUCCCAGGAGUCGCGACGCCUGAUUCGAACAACGCGGACACGGGUACAAGCGACUAG